CCACCACACCGACACCCACACCCACACCCCACACACCCACACCCACACCAGGACCCACACCCUCACCCAUGCCCACACCGACACCCACAUCCAGGAUGGUCUGGAGCGUGUUGAACACAACAAGGAGAAGAGUCACACCCACCACUAUAAUAAAUGAAUAGCCUUUCGCAAGGCUUAUGCUACGUUAGUUCGAAAUCUAACUUUUCUACCUUCUACAGACUUUCGAAACCUAGCGAAAUCAGUUCUUCGACUGGUAACAGACAACAAAAAUCUGCCAUUAUUGUUCCUCAAACACACAGCGUAGAACGAACGUUUGGCACUGUUGAACGCUCAAGUCAUGAGAGAAGACAAGUCACUACCAUUGUUGAUCGUUCAACAAAUAGUACACAACGAGAACUUGCGACUAUUGAAUCAUCGAGUCGCAAUGAACAAUGUGGAUCCCGCAAUCCUGGAUCCUUGGCGUGCAUUAACCGUGAAACAAAUUCAAAGCUAAGCUCCAUCAAGUGUGUGGAAUGGAUGUGGCAGUCAAAUCCAAAUGUAUUUUCCAACUCUGAACCGGCGGAGUGGAAUCAUUAUUCGGAUGUCGAAAACUUAAUUAUUGAAGGAGCAUAUUCUAAUGGAGAGUCCAAGGCAGUCUUGGAUGAGUAUUAUAUUGAUUUUAAAGCAAAUUUGCAAAUAUCAAAUACAGAUGAAUAUAAACAAAGACCUGUUAAAAGAUUAGUACGUAAAAGAGAAGACAAACAUUUACGCGAACAGCGUUUUGUAGAUCUCCCUGUCAGUACAGGUAGAUCAUUUAGUGAUGCAUAUGGUUGGGUACCACCAUUUGUUAUUGAAGCUAGAAAAUAUUUAAAACUUGAAGUAAAAGAUUUACCAUCGAGAAAUCCUAAAGUAAUUCCAAUGUUGAUUGACAAAGCUGCUGACGGUAUUAUACAGGAAAGCAAACACAUUGGAAAAGAUAACGAAGGUAAAGAAUUAGCCAAUAUGCUUAAAGAACAGAAAAAUCAAGGAAUUCAAGAAGUAUGGAAAUGUUGUGCUUUUAUUUAUUCAUUGGAAAGUUUUCUUUAUAAAACACUAAAUGCAGCAAUGCGACUAGUUGGGGACGAAUAUCACGAUUAUGUAUGGAGAAGUAAAGUUCACACAUUAGGACCAUUCUGCUUAUUUCUGUGGGAUGAUCCAUAUAAUUCAAAAUUAACAACGAACAAGACACUUUAUCGAGGAGCAAAUUUAAACGAUGAACAAAUCGCUCGAUACGAAGAGAUGUCUCGAGAUCGAAGCAUUCUUGGCUCAUUUCAAGCAUUCACAUCGUCCAGUCGAAACCGCACGAAAGCGGAAGAAUUCGGGAAUACACUAUUCAUUAUGGAAAUCCUUAUUGCCUUUACUGCCGAUCUUAGUAAUAUCACUGAAUAUCCGAAUGAAGAAGAAGAACUUAUUACGCCAGGUGUUUGCUUCCAGGUUACAAAAGUGCAAUUUGAUCGAAAGAUGAAAAAAUCUUUAAUUUAUUUGAAAUUAAGACAACGAUUCUCGAGUAAGCAGAACAUUCAUCUCUAUUUUUGGGAAUCACUUUCAUAA